UUGCUUAAUUACUCCGCCACGCACGAACUGGAUCUCCGUGCGUGUAUUUUAGGAGCAGCCUUGCGGGGACGCCAGUUGCACGCUGAAUUCUUACCCGGCUUCAAAAUGUGUAUAUGCUCCGUGCGUUGUCGCUGUGUCGAGGCUGAUAUUUCCUCUGAAUAACUUAGAAAGUGAGCUUGUGCGGGAUUUUCUCCUCCAUUCGUUAAUCUGCAUCAUCCACCCCCCCUCCCCUCCCACCUCCUGCUUCAUCAAAUCCUUGUCAACGGAAGGAUUUAUUUUUUAUUUUUCAUUUUAACAGAGCAUUGUUUGCCCCCACCACCACCACCACCACCAACCAACCAACCACGACUCCCAUCCGCUCACAGUGCACCUUGGAACAUCACAAGCAAGUAUAGCAGGCGUAUCGUCUUCUAUGUGGGCUUUGAUUCUAAGGCACAAUUUGGUGGUCGCUCGUGGAAUAUACGGCUUAAGCGCGUUUGCAUAACAGUGAAAGGUCCUCAUACUGCAACCAUGUGUGGACGGAGCAGGACGGCCUUUCUGUGUCUGUGGGCUUGCUUGCUUGCCGCCAACGGCGUGCUGAGUGCGAAAAGCUCUGGGCAGAACGGCAUGACAGAUGAACAGAAAGAUAACACUACAGUGUUCACCAAGAUCUUAGACAGCCUUCUGGAUGGCUAUGACAAUCGCCUCAGGCCAGGACUAGGAGAGCGUGUAACUGAAGUCAAGACUGACAUUUUCGUGACUAGCAUUGGGCCAGUUUCGGACCACGACAUGGAGUACACCAUUGAUGUCUUCUUCAGACAGAGCUGGAAGGAUGAAAGACUAAAGUUCAAAGGCCCAAUGGCCGUACUGCGUCUCAACAACCUGAUGGCCAGCAAGAUCUGGACCCCCGAUACCUUCUUCCACAAUGGCAAGAAGUCUGUGGCCCACAACAUGACCAUGCCAAACAAGCUGCUGCGAAUUACAGAGGAAGGCACGCUGCUGUACACCAUGAGGCUUACAGUCAGAGCAGAAUGUCCCAUGCACCUGGAGGACUUCCCAAUGGAUGCCCAUGCUUGUCCACUGAAGUUUGGCAGCUAUGCCUACACUCGAGCAGAGGUGGUGUACGUGUGGACCAGAGGAGCUGCCCAGUCAGUGGUGGUGGCUGAGGACGGGUCCAGGUUAAACCAGUACGAUCUGAUGGGACAGAGUGUGGAUUCUGGUGUGGUGCAGUCCAGCACGGGAGAAUACGUUGUGAUGACAACCCACUUCCACCUCAAGAGGAAAAUUGGUUACUUUGUGAUCCAAACAUAUCUACCCUGCAUCAUGACUGUCAUCCUCUCCCAAGUGUCGUUCUGGCUCAACAGAGAGUCCGUCCCUGCCAGGACUGUCUUUGGAGUGACCACUGUCCUGACCAUGACCACACUCAGUAUCAGUGCCAGGAACUCUCUCCCUAAAGUGGCCUAUGCCACAGCUAUGGAUUGGUUCAUCGCUGUCUGCUAUGCAUUCGUCUUCUCGGCCCUCAUCGAGUUUGCCACAGUCAACUACUUCACCAAGAGGGGUUACGCCUGGGAUGGAAAAAGUGUGGUGCCAGAAAAGCAAAAGAAGAAGAAGGAGUCCCUCCUCAAGAAGAACAACACCACAGCCUACCCAGCUGCCACUGCUACAGCCUUCGCGCCCAAUAUUGCCAGGGACCCUGGACUGGCCACUAUUGCAAAAAGCGCACCGCCACCCCCAACCGAGCCCAAGGAGGAGCCAAAGCCCAAACCUCCAGAGGCCAAGAAAACAUUUAACAGUGUGAGCAAGAUAGACAGGAUUGCCAGAAUAGCCUUCCCCCUGCUCUUUGGAACCUUUAACUUGGUCUACUGGGCAACCUACUUGAAUAAGAAGCCCAAACUGCAGGGAAUGAAUCCACACUAAUCCAUGUUUCAUUCCUUUUAAAUUAUAUCUGUAAUUAUUUCACUUUCUUUCUUAUUCCUCCUAAAAAAAAAAUGUUUAUUUUCAGACAAACAUGGUGUCCAUGCUGGUUUGAAUUCCCAGUCGUUGCAUUGCUUCUAUGUUUACCUAAAUUUUGAAGAUUUUGAAAAAAGAAAAUAGAGGGGAAAAAAGAAGGAUAACAAUACUGACUUUUGAGAGGGUGUUGUUCAGCUCUGGGACAAUGCUACCUAGAAAAUACUAAUAUAAACAUAUAGCCAAGAGAAUGCUAUUCUACAACUGCACAUAACCCAAACCUGUUUUCUUUUGUUUCUGCUUUUUUCUAUUUUAUUUAAACAUGGUAUCACAGACAGGGAAAAACAUAUUUGUGUAUAUGCAUGGGCAAGGCAUCAUAUUGUUUACGUUAAAAAUGUAUUUAUAAUACUGAUCAACAUUGACUGAUGGCUUAGUUUAUUUGAUAUCAGAAGCAAAAUGCUACGCUCAGUCUUUGUCAAAAUAUCUUCCAUCCUCUAGUAGAUGUUUUAUGAGGUUGAUUAUUUCAUUCUUCAAAAUAUGUUAGGGUUUCUGCAAUAGCAAUAAAACAUGUCUCAGUGGACACACCAUUUAUUUAGGGAUAAAAAAAUACAAAAAUCCAAUCAUCUCUGUGCUCACCAUUGAAAAUAUUUAUUUCCUUUCAAAGCAUUGUAAAUAUAAUCAAGUGUUAGAGAUGUCAAUAUUAUGUUUAAGCUUUGCAAAAUGUAACUAAAGGGUAUGUUUAUUGAAAACAUGGAAAAGUAAACUUUUUUAUUUUCAUUUUGUUUUGAUUUUGUUUAUGAUACUUUCUACAAAAAGAGUAUAUACUGGUCUAAUUCACGCUUAAGUGACUGUUUCUCACCAAGUUAGCGUUUCCAUUCAAAGCUGCUUUCACGAUGAAGUAAAAUAUUGUUCAACUGUGUGUUUGUGUAUACACUGAUGGCAACAACAGCAACAUCACCGGUGUAAAACUGAGAUUGACUAGUUAUGAGUAAGAAUGUAAAAAAAAAAAAGAAUCAUCUCAAAUCCUGGAGUGCAUUUUACAUUUAGAAUUAAAACACGUAUUAUUUACUUAUUUUGUUUGGUUUUUUUGAGUAUUUAUGACACGGCCUCGUUUUAACGCCAUUUAUCGCGGAGUACAGUUAGCAUCGCUUAAAGAGGAAUGGGGCACACUGAGAAGGUAGUGCCUUUUACCGAUUUACGAGUUGAAGGUGUGAUGGCUGUUACUUUGCUUAUCGAUGGCGCAUCUGUAUUUUCCAUCCCAUUGUUUCCCCCGACUGUGUCUCCCUUCAGCCGAAAAUUUAAAACAUAACACUCAGAAAGUACCAGCUACACUGCCUUCAGUAUCACAUGGCCGUUUGGACUCAUUUGUUGCUGCUUGUUGGUGAGCAACAGCGAGAGACAGGGACAGAGACAGAAAGAGACAAAGAGAGGGAGGAGACAUUGAGUUGAAGUGGCACUGUAAUCUUACUUUAGCCGGCGCUGUGUUUUCGCACAGAGGACUUGUCUUGUAGUUCUACGAUAGUGAUGAAGAUGAAUAUAUUUUUGUAGCAUGAUGUCAAUCCCCCUUCCAAGAAAAAAAACAACAGAAACUAACGCAAAUGUAAAAAGCUUUUGUUUUUUGUUUUUUUC